CAAUUUUUUUGAUCCUAGUUAGUCUAUGAUUAGACAAUAUUUAUCAAAUAGAAAUAAAAGUGCUACAGUGUUUAUUUUGUAAAUUUUUUAAACUAAACAAGACCUCAGGAAGGAAGCCUGAUGUGGAUUCAAGCCAGUGCAAAGACGCUAGUGCCACUAUAUUGCGGUUGGAGCAGAGCAAUGAUUCACCUUCACCCUGAGCGCUUUGCCGUGCUUGUUUCUUUCACCUGAUUGCUCAGCGGGUCGAUCGAGUGGUAGGUUCUCAGUCAGCAUCAGCGGCCAUCGGAGUCAACGACUGGUAGGACAUCCGAGGGCGCCACCAGCUCAAGCCUCUCAAGCUCCCCACAUAGCAAACCGGAGACGACGUUUACACUAUCCAGGCCGGCCGGCCGGCGCCGAUCGAGAUGAGCAUGAGCUGGUGGUGGAGGGGAGCCAUCGGCGCCACCCGGAGGCGCCAGGACGAGCACGCGACGGCGACGACGGAGCGACGUCCGUUCCAGAGCGUGGCCCUCGUCGUCGGCUGCACCGGCAUAGUGGGCGCCUCCCUCGUCGACAUCCUCCCGCUCCCGGACACCCCCGGCGGGCCAUGGAAGGUCUACGCGCUCUCCCGCCGCCCACUCCCUCCGUGGUGGCAGUACCGGCACCCGCCGUCCUCCUCCUCCUCCGUCGUCACCCACCUACAGGUCGACCUCACCGACUCCGCCGCCGUCGCCAAGACCCUCACGCCGCUCACCGACAUCACCCACGUCUUCUACGCCGCGUUGUCGGCGCCCAGCACGGUCGACGAAGCCAAGAACCGGGAGGCCAACUCCGCCAUGCUCCGCAGUGUCCUCGCCGCCGUGGUCCCCAACUGCCCCAGGCUCCGCCAUGUCUGCCUGCAGACCGGGACCAAGCACUACAUGGGCCCGCCGGCGUCGUUCGGGCGGCGGACCACCGCCCACGACCCGCCGUACACCGAGGACAUGCCGCGCCUCGACUGGCCCAACUUCUACUACGACCAAGAGGACGUCCUCCUCGACGCGGUCGCCGCCGGCGCCGGGGCCGUGACCUGGUCCGUGCACCGCCCCAGCCUCGUCUUCGGCUUCUCCCCGCGGAGCGCCAUGAACGUGGUGUGCAGCCUCUGCGUGUACGCCGCCAUCUGCCGCAAGGACGGCGUCCCGCUGCAGUGGCCGGGGUCCCUCGGCGCAUGGGAGGGGUUCAGCAACGCCUCCGACGCCGACCUCGUCGCCGAGCAGCAGGUAUGGGCGGCCGUCGUCGACCACCCCAUGGGCAUGGCCAAGAACGAGGCCUUCAACUGCAGCAACGGGGAUGUCUUCAGGUGGAGGCAGCUGUGGCCGAUCCUCGCCGGGCGUUUCGGGGUGGAGUGGGCUGGGUAUCGAGGGGAGGAGAACCGGGUCAAGCUCGUGGACGCCAUGGCCGGGAAGGAGCCCGUGUGGGCGGAGAUCGUCGAGGAGAGCCAGCUCGUGCCGACGCAGCUGCAUGAGGUCGCCAACUGGUGGUUCGUCGACGCCUUGUUCUGUGCCAAGUGGGAGUUUCUUGACAGCAUGAACAAGAGCAAGGAGCACGGAUUCCUCGGCUUCAGGAACACCGCUAAAUCCUUCGAUAAUUGGAUCGACAAGAUGAAGGCUUGCAAAAUUGUUCCUUGACGACGUUUCUAACUCUGUCACGUUGAACACGCCCACACUUGAUGUAAAUUAUAUAUCAUAGUCCAUAAACAUGUGUGCUCAUGCCUCAUGAGUCAUGAAGGGGCUAAAAUCUUAUAUAAUAAUAAAAGACUUAAUAAGUAUUAUUAAAAAAAUCAGUGUGCAGUACCUGCAGGCUGCAGCCAAAGAAAAUAUUUUUUUGAGAUUACUGUUGCGUGAAAAAUAUUAUAUAUCAGGCAUCUGAAAUAUAGCAAACCCCUCA